CGUUACUCUCCCGAAAGGCCACGACCUCGUAAUAUACGACAGUUUUGUCAAUCUCUUGAACACCUGCCUCUACUCGUUACAAGACCAGCACCCGCAGCACAGAUCAUACCAUGGCACCACUGAAAGUCCUCAUCUGUGGUGGCGGCAUUGCCGGUCCUGCUCUCGCUUUCUGGCUCUCGAAGCUGGGUUAUGAUAUCACUGUCGUGGAGCGCUUCUCGUGCCUACGGGCGUCUGGGCAGCAGAUCGAUCUGCGGGGGCCUGGGAUCCAGGCUAUGAAGCGCAUGGGCCUCGAACAGGCGUUCCGCUCCAAAUCAGUCGAUGAGACAGGUACACAGUUUGUGGACAGCUCUGGAAGGCAGAGAGGCUUCUUCCCGGUGAAUAAGACGGGCGAGGGGCCACAGGGCUUCACCACCGAUUUCGAGAUCAUGAGAGGAGACUUGUGCCGUCUUUUGUACGACGCUACCAAGGACCAUGUCGAGUACAUCUUUGACAUGACCGUCUCAAGUUUUCACCAACAUGACGGCGUUGUUGACGUCCGAUUCUCAAAUGGUUUAGAGGAUCAAUUUGAUCUCUUAGUCGGUGCCGAUGGCCAAGGAUCACGGAUCCGGAGGAUGAUGCUACCGCCUGACAGCCCGAAUCCUUUUUACACUCUCCAUAUGUAUGUGGCAUAUUUCACUACUGCUCGACAGAGCAGCGACGAACGCAUCGCCACGACAUAUCUUGGGACCAACAAGCGCGUGAUUUUCACUCGAAGCCAUGAUUCGAUCACAACCCAAACAUAUCUGAUCUAUCCUGACAACUCAGAUCAAUUGAAAGGCGUCAUGAAUAGCAAGCUUGAGGAGCAAAAGAAAACCUGGGCUGAACUAUACCGGGAUGCAGGGUGGGAGGCGAAACGAAUUGUCCAGGCAAUGCAAGAUGACUCAAUAUCCAACGACUUCUACACUCAUGAAGUGGCGCAAGUCAGGAUGGGCUCCUGGUCUCGUGGCCGGGUAGUUCUGGUCGGGGACGCCGCCUAUUGCCCUUCACCGCUGACCGGAAUGGGUACCACAUCAGGUCUUGUCGGCGCCUAUGUCCUAGCAGGCGAAAUUGCGAAGCAUUUGAACGACCCCAAGGAAGUUCUCAGUGGCAAUCCAGAUGGUGAGAAGGAUCCUCUUGUUUCCGCACUAGAAGCCUACGACAGUCGAUUCAGACCCUUUAUGAGCCAGGUGCAAACGCUGGGCCCAGGUCUCUGGAUUCCGUCAUCGUCUUGGGCUAUUGCUGUGUGCAACUUCCUCAUUGGCAUAUUCGCCUUCCUGCACAUUGAUUAUUUGAGCACAUAUGUCCUCCGCGAGGAUGUCAAAUGGGACUUGCCUGACUAUGCGGAGCUGACACAGCUGGGUUUGUCAGAGUGAUGUUGCUUUCGUCAGGGCUGUGGCGAGUGAAAGUGCAUUUGGAGGAUUAUCUCGUUGGAAUGUUGGAAACUUGGAAACUGUACGUGAAAAUGGAAUGUGCUCUUAUAAAUCUCUCGCCUCAAUCAUAUUGAUUCCUCGGUAACGGCUUAGAUACGG